ACCGAGUUUAACCCGACUGUAUCAAACCAUUAUCAAUCCAAUCCGAUCAUGGAUGAAACCGUUUUCAAUCUAAUCCAAUUUUCAGUUGUAGAUUUGACACCGUUUUCAUAUGAAGUUAAACUAGACCGGUCCGUUGAAGUUGAAAUCGCGCUCAUUGAUUCCGGAGCCGACGCCUCCGAAUUCGACUGCGAUGGCCUUACCCCGACCGAUGCACGCUGCUAAGCAUGGCCAUGGCGACGUCGUCAAUUCCCUUCUCGAAGCUGUCUCUCCUUGGAAGUUGGAACGCUCUUUCCGCUUCUAAUCACUCCGCUGGCAACUUCGCUAUGGAUGCCGGCAACCAGGAAGCAUUCGAUAUCAUCCUCAAUUCUGGAAUCCAAGCUGAAUUGAUUUUUGGAACUAUUGCGAGGAGUGCAAAUGAGAACAACAACCAACUCUAAUGGGGAUUAUUGUUAGAAGAUAGGGUUAAUUUUAGCUAAGAUAAGCUGUUGGAAUCCCAUUGUAAAGGUGUUAUGAUGGCUUGGGAGAAACCUCUAAUAUAAACACAUACAGAAACUGUAUGUUCAGGAGGUGGUGACAUAGGAUUUGAUGGGGCUUGUGGACACUGCCAUUCAACAAUACACCCCUACUUUACACACCAUUGUCGAGGCACAUCAAGAAGUUCAUGACCGGAUGGUUCGUAGUGGCUGAGCUGAGAACGAGAAAGUCAAGAUCGUGUUUGGUCGUUGGAACUUGUGAUGGUAUUUUCUUUGACACUUAUGGGGAGUAUUAUAAAGAUUUGAGGGAGUUCCAUCAACAUCUGCCCAAGUUGUUGAGACCUGGAGGGGAUUUAUUCGUUCUUCAAUGGGCUAUGUGGAGGUAAAUAGGCAAUGCAUUCUUCUAUAUAGUUUACUGUAAUUUAGUUUCGCUAGAGUGCGAGAAUCUGGGGUACUCGACGCAGUUGAUUCCCUUUCCUGUUAAGGAAUGCUUUGCCGAAGAUGUUUGGGAAGGAGUGAGACACAAGUAUUGGCAGCUUGAUACCUGCUACCUCCAUGUUUGUCAGUCUUCACAGGAUUCUGAAAGACUAUUAUCUAAAAUCUGAAUUAUUGAGAGAUUCUUAUAAUUAAACAUGGUUGUUUCUUCUGCU